AUGGGCGGCACCGGGCGCGAUGCCACGCACGGAGCGGAAGCGCCCGAGCCGGAGCUGGACGUCAUGUACCUGCGGUACAAGCAGCAGCCCAUUGACACCACCCCGGUCUUCAACCGCAUGGAUGUGGAAUACAACGCCACCAUGGACUUCAAGAUGGAGUUCUUCGCAGUGCAGGCCACGGCCUUGGGAGAGGCCAUCAUUACCAACAUCUAUCUCUGCCCCAAGGCGGACUGCCACCAGGAGACGCCCCGCGCCAUGGUGGACUUCUCGCGGCGGGUGUCGCUGGACCCAGGGGAGAAGACGCUGUACAAGUUCGACGUGGAGCUGCAGGGGCACCUCAUCGUGCAGGGCAAUACCUUGUACCCCAAGUUCCGGCCGGACAUCCUGCGCUACCGCUGCUUUUUGGAGGUGGGCACGGAGUUCGGGCUACUGGAGCUGCACUUGCUGGACCAGGGCCAGACAGUGCUUGCGGAGGCAGAGGCGCCCGUGAAGUUGGCGGAGGACAACAUCACCAGCCUGGACAACACCAACCCGGAGCAGCUGCACCGCCCGCCCUUGCGCCGGCUUCGGGAGGAGGCCUUUGGGGAGUUUCAGUAUCCCAACAAGUACCUGCAGUUCCCGGUGCCGAUGGGCUUUCGCCGAACUCUCCGCUUCAAGGUCACCUCGGCGGACGGGGGGCGCUUCGGGUACUAUCGCCUGGACUUGGCCCGCCAGCAGUGCAGCCGGGAGCAGCCGCUCUUCGACGUGUCGCGGGGCUGCGUGCGCUUCUGCAACAUGGGGUACUGGCCGGACUUCGGCCAGAGCCGCUGCAAGCGCUGCCCCGGCAGCUGUCUCAGCUGCAGCUCCCGGAGCCACUGCCUGAGGUGCCCGCAAGGAGGCGAGGCCAUGUACUUCCUGGAGGCGGGGCAGUGCAUCCAGCAGGCGCGGCCCUUCUGGCAGCGGCACGGGGAGCAGGUGUUGGCGCUGGCCCUGGGGGGCUUGGCCCUGCUGAUCUUCCUCUGCGGCCUCCUGGGCUUCGCCUGCCGAGCGCCCAAGCGCGGCGAGCGCGGCGAGCGUUCGUCCGGGUCGCUGGAGUUUGGGACGGCGUUCACGAAGCAGAAGGGGUACCGGCAGUUGCCUGAUGAGGACCCGGAGGUCUUUUGACCUUCGGAUCCAGAAAAGGGAUGCCUUGCGCCCGCGGCGCCUGAGGCUCCGCGCUGCGUUUUGCGCGGGGGUGGCUGGGGAAGAACGUCCAUUCGCUC